AUUCUGGGCAGAUUUUGGGAUAAUUUGUAACUUGUUUGUUCAGGAAGGAGGAGCACUGGGCGUUGCCUGAAACUCCCUUUUCCCAGAGUGCACUGGGAGUCAAUGCACAGAACAGACGGCUACAAUGUGGAGACAAGUCCUGGAGGACGGCAGGUGAGCUGGUCCUGGGGUCCGUCCAUGCGCAGAUCCAAAUAAAGGAUUUAUCUGUAAGGAUGGCUGCAUUUAUAGCAGUCAGAAUAAUUCCAGAUAGUUCCAUGGGGUUCAUUCGCUAAACCAGGAAUUGUCAGGAAACUCAAUCUGCAUUAAAACAUGUCUCUAGCAAUAUUACAGCAGCAAAUUAACCCUAUAAAGCACAGGAGGAGGGGCGCCCUGCACUCACUGGCAGCCGUGCAAGUUAUUACAUAAUAAAGAACGAAGGUGAGACACCUGACACAGAGCGAUGGCUUCAAUGUACUGCGUCUCUUCCUUCUGUGAGCCACUCGCUGUUCUUUAAUAUUAAUAAUAAUACGUUCGCUGUUAAAUAAUAAUAUAUCCGCUGGUAUAUAAUAAUAAUAAUAAUACGUCCACUGUUAAAUAAUAAUAAUACGUUCACUUUUAAAUAAUAAUAAUAAUAAUAAUAUGUCCGCUCGGCGUGACUGUAAGAAUUAAUACGUUUGUCUUGUAUAAAAGAUACGAUUUCAAACUAGAAACAUUGACUAAAAUGCAGCAGGCAGGGCAGCACUGCUUUUAAUGCACCUGCACAGUUAUUAAAUCACAAAGAAUAAAUCCAGCUAAGCUAUCCAUUUCUCUGCAGUUUUACACAAGUUUUAAAAGAAACCGGUUUUCGAAAAUUCUUCUGUCUUGUAAUGCAGAGUUCCUGACUGUGUUAGAUCAGAUGAACCCUGAUAACCUGGCUUGUGUCUCUGUCACCCUAACUGGGCUCUCAGGACGGCAGGAUUCCAUGGUGGUUUGGGGAUAGCUAUGCUGCAGCAUUAAUCCCACGGUGGUCUAGGGAUUACCGUGCUGCAAUGGAGGUCCUGGCAUCACCUUGCAGCAGUGGUCAUCCCACGGUGGUCAUGGGAUCACUGUGCAACAGUGGUCCCAUGGUGGUCCUAAGAUUGCUGUGCAGCAGUGGUGAUUUCAUGGUGGUUCUGGUAUCGCUGUGCAGCAGUGGUCAUCCCAUGAUGUUACGGGGAUCUCCGUACGGCAGUGGUGGUCCUGGGAUUGCCAUGCUGCAGUGGGGUCCUGGGAUUGCCAUGUUCUGAGUUUUUUCUACUCCAUAGUAGUCCUACUUCAAUUUUGCCUCUGUAGCAUUAUAGGCGAGAAUGUAUCUUUAAAUUUUAAAGGCACACUAAUGUCUUUUCAGGGAAGAAUGUGACUACCAUAGAUAUUGCCCUGUGAGUGGGGGCUGUGCACAGAAUUUAAAUCAAAUAGUCUGGAAUGAUUUCUAGGCUGCCUAAGUCAUGUGUGUCAGGGGUGCAACUUGAACGUAACACACAAGCGCAAAUAACUCUGGAUGUGCAGUGAUUCAAGCUGAUUGCAGAAGUAGUCAAUGUGGUUGAAGUAACCCUUUAAGACUCUACAAGACACUUCUAAAGGCUGUGUUGGGAUUUGACAAAAUGCGAUAAAGGGCUUGUAACGGACCAUUUCAGCACACAAGGGGUAAAAACCGUUUAGGCGAUCGGGCCCCCUUUCCAGAGAUGUAGGCACAGCUACUGCAGAACACCAAACACACGAACCGCCAAUAAGUUAAUGCUAUAAGCUCCCGAACGGCAUCCAAUAUAGCACUCCAAAUACACGAACAGGAACCAUACGAAUUGCUGCUACCAGACGAAUAGGAAAAGCAUCUAAGCGGCUUACACUCCUAGCAAUCAGUCUCUAUCAGCAUUCAGUAAAUCCCCCCCCCAAAGACGAGACAAGGCUCCGUGUUGAGGGUCAAGCAGUGGUCUGUUUAAUGGGGGCUACCUGCCCGGUAUUUAUGCAGGUCUCCCACCUGGUGGACACUCCCCUAGGGGACCAAACUGUGACAAAGGACAGACAAGUAGACAAAUAGGACACACAGUCAUAAUAUAUUCCCACAAUGCAUCCUGGCUUCCUCCCCUCUGCCCUGGGAGAUAAUUGAGAAGUAACUCAAUUAUCUCCCAAGACAAAGGCAAAUCGCCAUUAUGCACGUGGGGAUACUAAAACACGAAUUACUAUUAAAAUACACUAUGUGAGACACAUUACAUUAAAACUAUACAUUUAACAUAUCCCCAGAUAGCUCAGGUCUGAGCGCACAUUAUUAAGCGAAUGGCGCUCAGACCACACGAAUACAGUUUAAUCGCCAUGGAGCCAAAGUCUUUACAGUCAGUUUCAUACGAAUGGGCUCCAUGGGAUUCCUAUCUGGGGUAUAACACAUUCAAACAAAACUACCGAACACCGGGCCGUUCGUGCACUUCCACCGAACAAGAAGGGAGGUCGGCGGCUUCAGCGGUGUUCGCGCAAAACUAUGUCCGAUUUUAGUUCCAUGAAAAUAGGGGUGAACACCGCUGUGCAUUCGUAUGUUUAAAAUGGCCGCGACCUCGUGUUCAGGGAGGUUAAUUGUCGGCACACUCCAGCUCCCAGGUGGUCCAGUCAUUCGUACGGUUGUUCGGUAGAUUGAAUCUACCGAACACCAGGCAGAAAAGCACAAAUGAAGCUUUUCUGAAGGUAAAAAAUAUGUCUUUUAACAGGGGGCCAUAGUCCAAAGGCAGCAGGCGAGCAACUAGGCUUCUCCAAUGCAAUGUGGCGGGAUUGGUCUCGUCACAGGGCUUCUGAAACAUUCUGCCUGCGACAUCUCUCCGUUUCUCCUCUGUCCUCUUACACAAUGUACAAUAUGCCCCCUCCCCCGCGUUACCUCCCCAAUGGCAGUGCCAUUUUGAUGUAUAAAUGUAGUGAAUAUUCUGUAAAAUGUUUUUUUAUCCGUAGGUCAGCCUUCAAUGACCACUGGCCACACAGUGUCCUUGUUCCUGUAGCUGUUGGGAUAGGAGGUGUAAUGGUUGGAUGGAUGAUUUGUGGACGCAAACCUAAAACCAUUGAAAUGGGUGAUGGAUGGUGGGGAUCUGGUCACAAAUCUUAUGUACAAAGUGAGGACACCAGCGUGCGCCCAUUCACUAUAGAGGAAUCUGAAGACGUCAUUAAGGUAAUGUGUUAAUUUUCUCCCUGACCUUCCACCAAUGCACCAGAGUGGUUACCUUGGACCUUAAAGGAACUCUUUGCACUUUGUUAUAUUUCUAGAUUGGGUAUAGCAAUAUGUCUUUUUUUACAAGGACUAGCCUUUAGCAACUAAUCCUUAAACACGUAGCAAGAGGCAUUUACAUAUAAACAUACAUUGCACUGAAGAACAGCUGAAGGUGGAUAUAGUUACAGGAAGCACUUCCUCACAGGUGACACUAUCUUCAGUGUGGCAUCCAUCUUCAUCUCCUGGUGCUUCCUACACCAAGAAAAUACAUCAAUGCCAUAUACUCUCACCUCUACCACCACCACGUUGAGGAUGAAGUUAGUUGGAUUCACACCAACACGUUGAGGAUGAAGUUAGUUGGAUUCACACCAACACGUUGAGGAUGAAGUUAGUUGGAUUCACACCAACACGUUGAGGAUGAAGUUAGUUGGAUUCACACCAACACGUUGAGGAUGAAGUUAGUUGGAUUCACACCAACACGUUGAGGAUGAAGUUAGUUGGAUUCACACCAACACGUUGAGGAUGAAGUUAGUUGGAUUCACACCAACACGUUGAGGAUGAAGUUAGUUGGAUUAUCCGCCGCUACCAAGGUCUCAUGCUCUCGGAGUGUUAUAGUUUAGUGUCUUGUUUACCACUAAAGAGAGAAGCAAUUCAUUAACAGUAUAAAUAUACAAUACGUGAGUUUUAUCAUUAUUGAUGUUAACAGUACAAAUAAAGUUGAAUGGUCAAUAAAGAUGACAAACUUACAGACGGACGUCCAGAACCAUGAGCCCAGUGAAGAGAAACAAAGAAAACACAAUUGUAAAUAACAUUCAAUUUCAUGGGAAAAGCAAAACAUCUGAUAACCACUACUCCCAUAUUAAACUGAUGGGGGAAAAAAACAAAACCUCUAUAGACAUUAUACAGUAUAAUACAUUUAGUAUAAACAAUGUCAACUAAGAGAAAAUGUGAAUACAGCAAACAUCCCCAAUGAAACCAAGGGAAGGUAGGAGGAAUAAAAUAAAAUAAAAUAUAAUAAAACUCAGAUUAUCAGACAUCAAGGAUAGUGUGAUCUACAAUUUUAAGGCAGGACAGGAAGCUCAUUUUUUGCAUUUUUAAAGCUAAGAACCAAAAAUAAAAGGUGCGGAAAGUAGAUUCCUGUGUCCAGUACGUUGAACAGAGAAUAUCACCUAACUUGGCACCACCUAAAAAGAACUAGAUGGCGCAGCUCUAUGAACCGAAUGAGCCCCGAAUGACAGGGAAUUACCCACAAGAGAGUAUAGCCACCGAAUCCACCCAACAAGAGUAGCCAAGGAAACCGAAUGAUGUGGGGGAGCAUAGGAAAUGAGAAGCCGCCGUGCUGAAAUAGUUCUCAAUGACGCCAAAUUGCUCGGAAAGCAAGCAGCAAUAUACACAUUUGCUCAUCACAGAAAAAAAUGCAUAGAAGAUAUCUUCCUGAGAAUAGAGAAGGAGACACCUUCUGGAGAAGGCGAAUUCUACACACGUACAUUCGACACCAGAUGAAAAGAUACAAAGUACAAAGGUAUGGCUACUGGAAUGCUGAGAAGGAAUUACCGGGUCGAAGAAGAUACCGCAGAUCGACGAAAGACGUAACUGGCAGGAGAGCAGAUAAGGGCCGCUGAAAGCAGCAUAAAAUUGAGGCAGAAACUGAGAAGGGCUCCCCUGAAAGGAAAAGACCCCAAGGAAACCUAACUGAAAGAACAAAAGGGAGAACAGGUCUCGAAGACCCAAACACCCCCAAACUAUACACAGAACCCAGAGGAAAUAUCCCCACACACUAUAUAUAAACCCACAGUGACAUAAGCCAUAAAUGUAUAUAUUUAGGUAAAAUAUAUGGAGUGACAAUAUGAAUACUCUGACCUGGAGGAUGAGUAGCAGAGGAAGAGGAGGGCUAUUAUUGGAUACAAGACCCUUACCUUUUUGUUCAUUAGUUAGUUUUCUUUUUGCUGAGUAAAGAAAGUUCAGCAAAAUAUUUGCCUCCUGUCAUGCCUAAAAAUUGCACUUUUUAGUUUUUUUGCACAUAAAUAUUUCAUUGCAUUGAGACACCUUAUUGCAAUUUAAUAUAACUAUAUAGCACAUUAAUAUUAGUUCAUUUUUAUAUCAUAAAGAAUAAUUUGUGAAUACUUGCCCACGGUGACAGUUUAUAUAUUUAUUUAUUUAUAAAGCAUUUCAUGAAAUAGGUGUUUAUUCUUCACCGUGUACCAUGUGAACUAUCUUUGAUGACCAAAAAUAUUAUUGAAAUCAAGAUUUACGGUCAUAACACAGUAACAUACUGAAAAGCCUAAACUGAUGAAUUCUUGUACUGUAACUGCUGAGACUUCAGUUUGAUAUAAAAUGUUUUUUAGGACCUUUACGAACGUCUAGAUCAAACCCGCUUCUUUGAACCCCUGGAAAAUUCACAAUUUCAUUAUGGCUUCAAUUCUGCUCACCUUCAGAAAAUUGUCACCUACUGGAGGAAUGACUUUGACUGGUCAGAGCAGGUGAAGAACCUCAAUAGAUACCCCCAUUACAAGACUACUGUAGAAGGUAAGUCCUCUGUAUCAUCCAGUGAAGUGCAACAUGAGUAGAUCUUCUAUGUUACCAUCUCAUAUUUAUAUGUUUAGACAUUAAUCUAAUGUGUUUGUUACAGAAUAUUAAUCUCCACUAUACUUUUAUAGGGCUAGAAGUGCACUUUAUGCAUGUCAAGCCUUCUAAUCUUGCCCCUGGACAGAAGGCUCUGCCGCUCCUUAUGGUCCAUGGUUGGCCUGGGUCGAUUUAUGAGUUUUUCCGCAUCCUCCCACUGCUGACCGAGCCAGGAAAGCAUGGUCUGAACCCAGACCCUGUGUUUGAGGUCAUCUGUCCAUCAAUCCCUGGAUAUGGCUUCUCCGAGGCAUCGCACAAGGAAGGUGAGGUGGACAAUUUAAAAAAAAAAAAAAAAAGGGACGAGUACAGAGAUAUAGCAAGUCAUGGCAUACUCCAUGGGUAUAGUUUUUAAGUUAAGGUUUAUUAGUGCAAAGCAAGUUUGCCUGCUGGAAUACUGAGAGAAUAUAACGGACUGACUUGUUGGUCAGUUGCUAAUAUGCAAAGUGCAAGCAGCAUGUCUCCAGUGAUUGUACAGGGAUCAUUUUCAGGAUAUCUGCCACGCAAAGAAAGGUUAACAUUGUUUAUUGUAUUAUAGGUAAUAUAGGCUGCAAUAAUAAAAGGAAAAACCACCUUACAUAUUUUAUACUGGCAUUAUUCACUACCUAAUGUAGGCUAUAACAUGUAAGGAAAUUCUAAUGACUUGUGAUUCAGGAAGAAGAAUUCUCCACCCAUGGGUGCAGGUGAGUGAUAACAUGAUUGGAUUUGUGUUUUGCUGUUGGUUUUUGCAUGAAGGUUUUUUUUAAUGCAGGAUGAGUAGAUCUGCAAAGUGUUAAAGGGACACUAUAGUUACCAGAACUACAGCUUAUUGAAUUUGUUCUGGUGAGUAGAAUCAUUACCUUCAGGCUUUUUGCUGUAAACACAGUCUUUUCGGAGAAAAUGCAGUGUUUACAUUACAGCCUAGUGAUAACUUCACUGGCCACUCCUCAGAUGGCUGUUAGAGAUCCUUCCUGGGUCAUGGCUGCCAAAAAUGCAUCCAAACAUUCAGUAUCUCCUCUCUCUGCAUGCAGACACUGAACUUUCCUCAUAGAGAUUAAUUGAUUCAAUGUAUCUCUAUGAGGAGAUGCUGAUUGGCCAGGGCUGUGUUUGAAUUGUGCUGGCUCUGCCCCUGAUCUGCCUCCUUAUCAGUCUCAGCCAAUCCUAUGGGAAAGCAUUGUGAGUGGAUCAGGCUACCACUUCUGCUGAUGUCAGCAGGCAGUGGGCAGGUCUAAAGGAAACCGACACAAAGCCAGCAGCUCCAGACUUGAACACCAGUAAGAUUUUACUAUAUUUAGGGAAGCAAGAGGUUGUCAGGGUGGCUAGAUGGUGGUUUUAACACUAUAGGCUCAGGAAUACAUGUUUGUGUUCCUGACCCUAUAGUGCUCCUUUAAUACAUUGAAUGAACUUUCCAUGUGUCUCUUCCAACAGGGUUCAAUUCUGUGGCUGCCGCCCGUAUCUUCUACAAGCUGAUGCUCCGAUUGGGAUUUAAAGAGUUCUAUCUGCAAGGGGGGGACUGGGGCAGCCUAAUUACAACUAAUAUUGCUCAGAUGAAACCAGAGUGAGUACUUGUUACUUCUCACUUGCGUUCUACCAUGGACUACCUCCUUCCAUGGUCUACAUUCCAUUAAUGUUAUCAAGUGAAAACCACAAACGCCCCUCUAGCAGACACAUUGUGUCUUGUACCUUCUUUAUCCCAUUUUCUCUACACUUAAAACCUGUGUGAGCAGGGCUCUAGUUAUCACGUGUUCCAGUUCUGCCUAACGGAGUUCAUUGCUACUUGUUUACAUAGUUUACCUAACUUCAAUACAUGGAAUUACUGAUAACACAGGUAAAUAGUAACUUUGGGUGAAACCUUGUUUUCCAGGUCUAUAAAGGGUCUACAUAUAAAUUGCGUCUUUAUGCCAGCAGGAGGCCUGAAACAAAUUCUAACUUUGCUUCUUGGGAGAUACCUACCUUGGUUGGUGGGUAUGAACACGGAAGACGUCAAGCGUAUAUAUCCGUACUUCGAAAAGAAUGUGUACGCACGAUUACGCGAGUCUGGAUACUUGCAUAUCCAAGCUACCAAGCCGGACACUGUGGGUAAGAGAUUGGUGGCUGUUUCAUUUUCUUUUCAUUGCAUUUCGAAAUAUUGUGAGCAAAACCACAUUGUAAAACUCAGGCCAAAUAUUCAACCUAUUAAUUGAUUAAGAGAUGGCUAUAGUUCAACUUCAUUUUGCUUUUUUUUUUUUUUUUCUUUAAAAACCAUUUUUCUUCUCUAGAGAAUGUAUCUCUUAGCAUACAGUUCUGGCCAUAGCUACACAUGUUCGGCCUGUAUCCAUGUAGCUAUCUAGUCCUAUUUUAAAUAUGUGUAAAAAAAAUUCCACUGACCUGAAAAUUCCACUGACCUUUUUAGACCUGGUUAGUAGUAUAGUACUUGAAACUUUAAUAUAUACGUAAGUUCUGGGCAAUGCUGCCUUGGGUCCUGGCAUUCCUGUUACUUUGACAUGUACCACCUAUCUAGAGAUUGGUGCAGACCACUUACACAACGUCAUGACAGUGGUGUUCCCUGAUGGCAGUGGCCUCUUUCAGCAGGAUAAUGCACCGUGCCACACUGCAAGAAUUGUUCAAGAAUUGUUUGAGGAACAUGACAGAGUUCAAGGUGUUGCCUUGGCCUCCAAAUUCCCCCAAUCGCAAUCUGAUUGAGCAUCUGUGGGAUGUUAAUGUCUAUCAGGGACUACCUCCUUCCAUGGUCUACAUUCCAUUAAUGUCAUCUAGUGAAAACAAACAACACAAAACCACAAACGCCCCCCUAGCAGACACAUUGUGUCUCGUACAUUCAGAUGUCUUGUGGAGAUCAUGCCCCGAUACAUCAGAGCUAAUUUUUGGCAGCACGAGGGGGUCUACCUGAUAUUUGGCAGCUGAUUUUAAUGGGUGUGUGUGGGUGUGUGUGUGUGUGUGUGUGUUUUUAUAUAUAUAUAUAUAUAUAUAUAUAUAUAUAUAUAUAUAUAUAUAUAUAUAUAUAUAUAUAUAUCUAUAUCUUCAAAACACUUGUUGGGUAAUUCUGCAUUAACAUAACUGAUGGAAAGACAAGGCAUUUGACGUACAGCUCUCUUUUGCAAGUGUACAAUCAUAAUUGGUGUAGAUUAGGUGUUUUAACCUGAACAGCUUAUUUAACCUGUUUUUUCUUCUUUUUUUUUUUUUUUUUUUAAAUAUGAUAUGUAAAAAUGAUGGUCAAACCUCUGUAUCCCUGACAAGUGCUGGUUACUUGGUUUUUUUUUUAUAUGAAGUUGAUAAAGCUGUCAUCAAGAACGGGAAUGGUAUACAGGCGCACACUGUGCCCAAACCUCUCCUAAUGGCUACAACUUCACUAAAUUCUGGCCAAAUAGCGCAGUUCACCAGCACUACAUUGUUUCCUGGUCUUCUAAAUGCAGAGGUUCUUCACAGGGCACCCAAAAUGUAAAAUCAGCAGAUGUUCUUCCAAUGUAGUUUACUUAUUGCUUUGAGAGUGAGAGUAUGAGUGAUGUCAUCCAUGGACCCAUCUUCCUAUGAAGUAUAAAUAUCCUCUUAUCUCCCAGGCUCUGCUCUGAAUGAUUCUCCUGCUGGACUUGCUGCCUACAUUCUGGAGAAAUUCUCCACCUGGACAAAUCCAGACUUUCGUCAGCUGGAGGAUGGAGGCCUAGAGAGGUCAGAUCAUCUUAAAUUAGCUAUGAUGAUAAUUAAUUAACGGUAAAUCAGGCUAGGCUAUACGAUUUGAUUGAUAAACAAAGCUCAUGGUAAUGGUGAAAUAAACUGUGUUAGAGUUUAAAUUCAAAUGUUUAUAUGUUCUCUGACAUGAUGUCAUUCAACAUGCAUAAAACAAAGAUACUUUUAUGUUUAGGCAAAUCAAAUAAUGUAAGACCCCUUAUUCUUGUUUUAAUAUAGGAUUCUAAUACGGAUUUGUCAUAUUUUCCAUCCCACAGGCAAUAUUCCAUGGACGAUCUUCUCACCAACGUAAUGAUCUACUGGACAACUGGUUCUAUUGCGUCCUCUAUGAGAUUCUACAAGGAAAAUUUUACCAGAGACAUGCUGACUUCCCCAGUAUACAAGUAAGCAGUAAAUGACUGGGGUUAUGGAGGCUGAGAGAAGAUGGGAACUAUGUCUAUAAAUUUCCAAAUCAGAAGGAUCUGGUGGUCGAUCUUUACAUUGCACUGUCUCUCCACUUUGACUUGUGUAUAUCUUAUCCUGAUCGCUAACAAACAGCAAAUCAUUUCUUAGAAGGUUUUUUAAGGGGCUUCACAAACCCCUGUAAUAGGUUAAAAAUCUCCUAUCACCGUUUUAGCACAAUAAAUACAUUAGAUCUCAGUUGUAUAUUUUCUCUUGUUUCUUUUGUAAGCAUUUGUAAUAGACCUGUUAGCUCCAUAGGGCAGUCUUGAAGAGUACUUAAAAAAAAUUCUAGUCUUAACUGAGCAGAUUCUGCAAACUCUCAGCUGGAUGUUCAAUUUCGAGCCAAACCUAUGCUAGGUCCUGUUGUUCGAUUACCUCCCAUCUUCCUACAGUUUAUCAAUCAGAGGUCUUUAUGACCCCCAUGGUGUUCCAGUUGUUCUGAUGGUAAUAAUGAGCGGGUGAUGCCCUCUCUCACAGUGUUUAUAAUAGUAGUGCUAUGUACUAAACUGAUUUUUUGUUUUUUUCUUUGUUAAAGGACUGGAGUUCAUGUUCCCACCGGUAUCGCAAAUUUCCCGUGUGAACUAAUGCAUGUUCCCCGUGUUUUGGCAAAGGAGAAGUUCCGGAACAUUGUCACCUACACAUACCUGCCCCGGGGAGGGCAUUUUGCAGCCAUGGAGGAACCCUUGCUGCUGGCUAAGGAUGUGCAGGACUUUGUGUCCGCCGUGGAAAAAUGUAAGAAAUGAAGCAAACUGAUAAGCGGUCAAAGAAGCUUUGGAAUUGAAUUACGCUGUUGACUUUGUGGCAAAAUUAGAUUUUGUUUUAUAUAAAUGUUAGAUGCUGAGGCAAUAAUAGACGUAUCUGUAAAAUGUAAGUUUUAUAGUGAUAAUAAAAACAUCAUAUUUUCGCAGCUACUUCCCUGCUUUCUGUCUACACCGCUACUCGUUAUUCAAAUAUAAAAUAAACUGUGAAAAUACAAACCACCCCAAAACCACAGGCUUUUGCUAUUUCUAUACAAAAUUCCUAAGUACCC